AUGAAGCAUAUCGUGGAGCAGAAAUCGUCGGGCGAGAAGAUGCUGCUGGGGCUGAGCUCGUUGCCGUACGAUCUGCUGCUAAACAUCGCGAUCCACCUGAAUUCGGCCGAUAUACAUUCCCUGAAUAUGACCUGCAAAUCGCUUCACGGAUUCUCCAAAACCAGGCCAGUAUACCGAAAACUGGCUGCCGAUCUUCUUCGAAGAUGUCGCGCGCUACCGCUCAAGGGAUUUCAACAAUUGACAGACCUCACGACGGAGCAGUUGGUAAAGUCGGUGGACAAGGCUACCCGGUACGAAAUGGCCUGGAAGAAGCGCGGUCCCAGGCCUAUCGGCACCAACACAUAUUCCAAUUAUAUGGACGUUUCUGAGGGCGACGCAAGCUCAAUAUCCCACAAGUGGUACAAGGUCGUCAGUUCGCCACCGGGGGAAGACGUGGAUUGGCUGUCUCCCAUCACAUCAAGCUAUACACUUUGUGCGACGAAGAAGGGCCGUGUGGUGUGUUGGGAUGUUCAAACAGAUCGAUGUUUGGCAGAGUGGAAUCCAGGGGAGAAAUGGGAAUUGUGGAAAUGUAGGGUCGAGUUUGAGGAACGGACGGUUUAUUUCACCAUGGCCAAGGUGCUCUCUGGAGGACUGGCCGACGAUGACCGCGUCAUGGAGUUUAUUCUCAUGCGGUUGACGUUCUCCGAUGGUCCCUCAGGGGAAACGUCCAAGGACCCUCCGGUCUUCUCGCAUGUGACCGAAUUUCGAACCUCGGGGGUGGUCAUGAACGUGUUUCUACUCGAUCCAUCGUCAAGGUUGCUCUCAGCAUUCAUUUGGGUGUCAAGUUCAAACACGAUAGGUCUGUAUGCCUUGCUCGAUUGGGACAACGACGAAUAUGUCUUUAUCGAUACCGGGAUUGAAUGCGUUACUUCUUCCAAUUGGUCUUGCAUACUCUACGACGGCCACAUCGUGAUACACUCGGAAGAAAGCGAUAUCGCUUACCAAUAUUUCUAUCCCUUGUCGCUCCUGCGGAAGCACACCUCGUAUGUGGACAAAUCGUCUUCAGCACCAAAACUCUCCCGUCGCGUAACCCCGUGGCGGACGAUCUCGAAGCGCUUCAUAUUCCCCGCCUUAACACACCACCACGCUGAACCACCAGAAGACGUCCCAAUAGCCACCACCACCACUUUAAACGGGAUCACAGUUAAUGGGACUGGGUCGUCAUCCAUCGUUCCCGUCGGAAACAGCGAAGGCGCCUCGCCUCCGAAUCCAUUCCCUUUCCUCCCAUGGUACCCCGAGAGCGCGCACUUUGUGCGACAAUGGUGGCCAACGCUUCCCGGAAUCCCCCGCGUUAGUUGUACGGUGGUGCUGCUUGCAACGCACGAUCAGGUUACCCAUCGGACACGGUUCGUGCUAGCCCAGCACUACUUCCGCGUUCCCAUCAACCACGCGCAGUGGUUCCAGAUGGAAGAAGAGGCGGCUGCAGCGGCGGCGGCGUCAAUGUCAUCGGCGUCUUCUGCGUCUUCGUCAACGUCGUCAACGUCUACCAGGACAUCGUUCGCAGACGACCCGAUGAAGCAGGCCCUUAUCGCUCAAGACGAGGCGCUGAUGCACAUGUGGUACGUCAGUGCGCCUUUCGAGGUGGUUAGGGUGUUCGAGUUCGACGAGGAUGACGAGUUUGGGGAGAGGCCGAGACCGCUUGUUGCUGUCGAUUUUGGCCACGCUGCGUGGAUCGAGUACGUAGAUCCGCCACAGGAUCCGUUAGAGGGCGAUGAAGCAGCUGAUUCAGCGAGAGACGGGGAGGAUGGCGAGCAGCAGGCGAGGAGUAACAGGGAAGGGGAAGAUUCGGACGAGGACAUGGAUUCGGAUGGAGGCGAUGGAGAGCCUAAGCGGCUUCGGUUUGUCACGUUCCCUUCGUUCAGGGACGAGCUUGAAUAUGUUGGAUUGGAGAGGGAGCAGUGGUUGCCUAAACCUGAGGAACUGGAAGGCGAGGUUAGGACGUUGGAAGUUCCGGACGAACUUGAUUUGGGAACUGUUGAGACGAUUAACAUUGAUCAGAGUCAGGGUGCGGUUAUCCUCUCUGAUAGGAUGGGGAAGAUAUACAUUUUGUGUUAUGAGUGA